UCCCCUGCAAGACCUCUGACACGAAAUUUUAUUAACUGUCUGCAUGUGUUCUCUGCAUAUCAAAAGGCAAAAGUGAAAGUGAGUUUUCGGUGCUUUUGCGGGGCUCCGUGUGCGUGAGUGCCUCUUGAAUGACAAAUAUUGAUAUGGUACAAUGAAAACCAGGCAAAACGCAAAAUAAGUGUUGAGAGAAACUAUCAAAGCAUUACCAUUGGCUUGUACGCCCAAAUUGGAUUACCAGACUCUACCAGCGAUCAGCUAAAAGGAUAUCAAGCGGCAUUGGAAUACUAUUAAUUAACUAUUGGAUUUGGAUAUGGCUGCCAACGAGAUUAUGACUCCUACGGUCAAUGCAAAUUGUCAAUACUCGACGAGAUAUUGUUGGGAGGCGGAAAAAGUCAAAUCUUUGAUCAGAUUGCGGGCGGAACUCUCGCCCCUCUUCACAGGCAAACGAAAUGCCUCAAAAUAUGCCUGGGCCGUGGUGGAACGGGAGCUCAACGUUCCCCUGCCCCUCUCGAAGAUCAUCAAGAAGUGGAACAAUCUGCUGCAGGAGUACAAGGCAAUCAAGAUGUCCGAGGAGCCCAAGCGCCGCGAGUGGCCCUUCUUCACCCUGAUGGAUGUCUAUUUCAGUGACCAGGUGAACGAUCCGUCGCUGCGGCUCUUCUCCUCCACAAAGACCCUGAAGGAGACCCUGGACGACAGCGUCUUCGAGGACGAUCCGAUCAUCGCCUCGGCCAUCGCGGCCGCCACCAGCGGCGCCUACAUGGACAUUGACGAGCUGAUCCGCCGCCAGAAGGAGCGCGCCGCCUUGGCCGCUGAAAGGAAGCUGGCUGCCGCUGCCAGCGGAGCCAGUGGCGACUACAAAUACGAGCUAAAGCCGAUGCUGCCCAACAGCAAGUUCAACAGCAACAGCGACAUGGCCAAGUUGUCCAAGAGCGUGGACGACCUCUCCAUGCAGCAGUACAAGAUCAAGGCGGAGCUGAUGCGUCAGCGCGAGCAGGAGCAGCAGGAGAACAUGGUUAAGAUCAAGCAGCAUGCACGCCAGCAGCAGCAACAGCAACAGCAGCAGCAACACCACCAGGCGCAGCAGCAACAGCAGCGAUUUUUGGGCCACCAGCCAGCCCUGUCGCCGCAUCCACACCGCUUGUCGUCCUCGUCAACGCCACCGGGACUGCAGCACGCUCUGCAACAGCAGCAACAGCACUUGCUGCAACAGCAGCACCUUCAGCAGCAGCUGCAACAGCAGCAGCAACAACACCACCACCACCAACUCUCUCACCCCCACCAGCCGACCACGCCACGUCCCAGCUCACCGCCCACUACGGCGCAACAGAUCCACAUCACGGCCACCCAGCACCAGGCCGCCCAGCAACAGCUCCACCACCAGCAGCAGCAACACCAUCAACAGCAGCAACAGCAGCAGGCCCACAAGCAGCAGCAGCAACAGCAGCCCUACACCGAUCCCAAUACCAUUGAUCAGUACCUGCUGUCGUGGAAUAACUUCCACGGGAACAUGUGCCGCGGCUUCCACUCCCUGCAGAAGGACGAGAAGAUGGUGGACGUGACGAUCGCAGCCGGCGGAAAGAUAUUCAAGGCCCACAAAUUGGUCCUGUCCGUUUGCAGUCCCUACUUUCAGCAGAUCUUCCUGGAGAACCCAUCGAGUCAUCCCAUCUUGCUGAUGGCCGACGUGGAGGCCAGUCACAUGGCCGGGCUUUUGGACUUUAUGUACAGCGGCCAGGUGAACGUCAAGUACGAGGAUCUGCCCGUCUUCCUCAAGGUGGCCGAGGCCAUGAAAAUCAAAGGGCUGCACACUGAGAAGAACAUGGACAGCGACGCCAGCGACAUUAGCUCGCCGCAUGAAAGCGACGGCCCAGAGUGCCGUUACGAGCGCGGAACUCACAGUGUGAACAUCACCAGCGGACAUUCCGCCGGAUACGGAAGUGGACCCCCACCACCGCAGCCCUCGCCGUCGCCUUCGUUGAACGGACCCAACCGAUGCCCCACGCCCCUGUCGAGCGGCGGCGCCGGCGGAAGCCCCGGAUAUGCCGGAUUCCGGGAGCACAUCAAAUCGAAGGCUACGCUGGCCGAAACCUUCAUGAAGAAUCUCAACCGGAACAACAACAACAGCACCAGCAACAACUACAACCACUUGGGAGGAGGUAGCAGCAGCAGCAACGGCAUCAACCUGACCGAGGCGGAGAGCAACUCCUUCGCCAUCCUGCAGGCCAACAGCAAGAAGAUGCUCGACUCGGCACGCAAGCAGCACAAGUAUCUGGCGAAACGGAAGAUCCUGAUGCACUACAACACGGAGCUGGGCGGCGAGAAGCGGAUGAAGGAGAUGGAACGGGAGCGCUAUCCCAGUGCCGAGCAGCACGACGAUGCGCUGAACAACAACCACAGCCACGCCCACGGUCAGGACAGCAACAACAUCAUGGAGCCCAUCAUCACGACGAUUGUGCCACAGACGCCGCCGCCAGCCACGCACAACAACAACUUCAAGAUACGCCUCGUGGACAGCCAUCACCUGACGAACAGCAGCAACAACGGCAACAACAACAACAGCAGCGGCAGCAGCAACACCAGCAGCAGUAGCCCGCACUCCGGCAGCAACAAUGGCAGCCACCACGACGACGAGGAGGCCCUGAAUCUUGUCCAGACCCCCAACGCCAAUGGCAGCCGCGCCCGCCCCCAGUCGCCGCCGCCCACGCCCGACAUCCAGGUGAUCAAGCGCGAGGUGGAGCACGACCUACCGCCGGCAGCGGAGAGCACCAACAACGGACACGACGAGGAGUACGAGCGAAAGUACGACGACAACAACAACAACCGCGGCGGCAUGGACAUGGAAACCGACUCGAACAACAACAACAGCAAGCCGGCGGGCGGCGAUGGGGGCAGAAACGAUGGUGGCAACAAUGGGAUAGCCCUGGCUUUGGGCAAGCACAAGUUGUUGAGCGCUAUCAACCGGGGAAUGGAACUGGAGCAGCAGGAUGAGCCGGAACAGGGUGGCAACAACUGCAACAACAACAAAAGCAACAGCCACGAGAACGACAACGAUGACAACAACAACCACAGCCAGCACCUGGACCUGAGCACGAUCAAGAACAUAGCCACGGCGGAGAUACUGUGCGGAUUGAAGACCAAGGUCCUGAAGCUGGAGGAGGAGCAGCGCGAACGGGAGAGGGAAAGGGAGCGGGAGCGGGAACGAGAAGCCUGCCGGAGUCUCAGCGAGAUCAAGAAUGCCGAGUGAUCAGCAUUAGAAGGGGGAUGUCCCCUUAUUUUCCACGAUUAUGCAUUUGAUUAAACAUAACAUAGAAAACACAUUAAAAAAAAAGGAUACAAAAAAAAAUGAAUUGAGGAAGAGAAUCUAUGUAUGCUAAUUAUAGUUAUUUAUUAUACCACUUAAUAUCGUUAAUGUAAUUGUAAUGACCUGACCCCACAUGAACAUUGGUUAGAUUGGUAGGCCUAGCAUUCUCCCAGCAGAACACCAUUCCAACAAACCCUAGACACUAAGAAUCACGAAUCAUUAUCGUAUUGUAUCGUAUCGUAUCGCAUCGCAGCUCCCCAAGCGCUGAUCGAAUUACAAAUUUAAUAUUAGCACUAUGGAAAUUGGCCCUGUUGCAAUACGAAUUAAGACCAUGUUUAACAUACAUAUAUAUAUAUAAUUAUAUAUAUUUCAGAUAUCGGUUAAUUAUGUAUGUGUGUAAAACCAGUAUGUUGUAGUAUAAUACACCCCCGAGGCGCCCUCGAUUUGGAUUUCUUCAAUUGCUAACCAUUCUUACAUUAUUUAAAGCAUACACAUACAUAAAUACACAUAUCGUACUACGAAUGUAUCUCAACACCAGCAUCAUGCAUCAUGCAUCACAUACAUACUUUGCACCAUUUUAAGGACCCUGUCGUCGUCAUCCUUCAGCAGCAGCAGCAGCCGCAGGAUCAUAACGAAAGGAAACAAAAUAUGUAUCUCGUUUUUAGUUGUAACUUGCCAGACCUUUUUGAAUGAGCACUCAGAUAUCUCGGUUACGUGUGCGUGAACACUUAGCUCGGCGCGUAACUUUCACCUUGAAGCGGUUCCGGAUCUUGUUAAUUGUUGGCAUGCCCAUGUGGCUGGAACCUACCCUAAAAUAAACCUUAUAUAAAAAGAAUAAGUAACUAAAAAGCAAAAAGAAACCAGCACGACCCACAUCCACUGAGAAAGGGAGUCACGUGAAUCACAGCCCCCCAAAAGCUAAAAUCGCAGAUCAAUCAGAAUUAACAAUGCACAGUGUAACUCGUACAAUAUUUAUUCAAUUUGUUUACAUUAAAAAAAAAAGUUUGUGUAAUCUUUUUUAGCUGUUGAACAUUUUUUUACUGUAAAAGAACUAAUGAAUGAAUAAAGAAACCAACACAUUCAA